AAGUUUAUGACUUUAUGUACUGCUUUUGGACUUUUGAGCUUUGAUUCCUUCUUCUACAAACAUGUAUAUACCAAAAUUCUUAAACAUGGCUAUUUUUGCAAUUUGUUAGUGUCUCAAUCUCUUCUUCUGUAUAUCAAGUGAUUAUCUGAAUUAUUUUAGUUGAUUUGUCCCCUCUUUAAAUGCAACAAAGGAGGAAAAUUGAAGAAAUGAUAAAGUUGUGAUUUUUAUUGGGAGAAAGAAAAAGAAGCUGCUAUGGAAUUUUGGAGAAAAUGUUUUUUAAUUUUAAAAACAUUAAUUCUGAAGUAUUGGGAGAUGAUCUGUUUUACUGGUGGUCAGUGGCGAACAGAGGCGGAGCUAGAAUUUAAAGCUUGUGGGCUUCCUUACAAGCUGUAGUCUUCCUUGCUGAUGACAAACAACAACGACGAUGAUAUUGAUUUAGGACUUGCUCUAGGUUGCACCACUCAUAAUGUUAAGACAGAGACGGAAGAUGAUUCGGGUGCAGGUGUAAAUGCAAGCUCAACGGACCACAUGGCAUUUGCAGCAUCUAAUCCCCUAUCUGAAUUAGUUUGGUCCCCUGACAAAGGUUUAAGCCUGAAAUGUGCUGAUAGCGGAUUAGCCGACAAAAAACCUUUUCUUCUGUGGAAUGUGGGACUAAGCAAUGUGAUUUCUUCACCAUCACAAAGCAGCAGAUUUAAGGGGACUUAUGAUGAAAAUGCUGUUAAUGAAAGAAUAAUCGUUUCUCGGGAAAGGUUUCUUUUGGAUGGAGUUGUUGAUGACAAACAUAAUCUAGCUUAUUACGAAACCAAUGUUAUGGGAUCAAAAUGCGGAAAUGAAGUAGGGUGCAGCAGCCAAGUGCAGAUAAUGAACACUGCUGAUGGAGUCGAUACCUUAGGCACUAAUCAAGAUGAGGAAAGUUUGAAGAAUACUGAGAAGGGCAUUUGCAUUAGUCAAGAUAUCCAGAUCCCUCAGACGGUUGAAAGUUCUGAAAAUCAUGCAGGUCAGGGAGAUUUAGGAACAGAGAGAUCUCUGCAACAUGGAGCCGAUUCGAAGCUUGAUACGGGCACUAUUGAACCUCUAGUAGAGAAAAUGAAUCAAGGAAUUUCGACUAAUGAUAAGUACAGAGACGGAGAUGUUUUGAUUAGCAGUCAGGCUUUAAUUCCUACUGUCAAAGACUUGGAAGCGGACGAAAGAUUAGAAUUUGCUCUAGAAGAAGAUAGUGGAAACCGAAAAAAGAACUCUGAUGCUGCCAGUCUGCCAGCAGAAUGCAUAGCGGAGAAUGAUGUACAUCUUCCAGGGGUUAAGGAGACUUGUGAUCAGAAGGAGGAGCAACUUCUUAUGGACAGUUCUGUUCCGCUUGAAGUUUCUCCUACACAUAGCAGGUCAUCGUCAUAUAGAAGGAAAGGCAAAGGCAAAGCAUUAUUUGAAGGAAAUGCCGACAGCAAAAUGUCGAAUGGCAAGGAAGAUAGCCAUGAAAGUGUAGAAAGCUGCAACAGUACAGGGUUAAUCCCAAAGGGUAAGAAACGCUGGCACUUUGAGCAGCAGUCUUUCAUUGGAAGUAAAAGAAUCAGAACGCAUAUGCAUGGAGAUUCUGCAGUAGAAUCGACAGUCGCACGUAAUAGCUCUUUCAUGACUUGGAUUUCGAACAUGGUAAAGGGAUUCUCUAAAUCCAAUCUUGAAGAAUCUCCUAUUCUCGCUCUCACCUUUACUCCUAAUAAUAAUGAGGAAAAUCAAGGAAAGGAGACUAAUCAUCAAGAAAUUGUUAUGUAUGACAAAGAUCAUGAUCCGAGUAGCAGGUCUAUGGGGUUUCAAACUGUAUUUCAGUCGCUGUACUGUCCUACCUUGAAAGUAGCUGAAACAGAAAUACCGAAAGAUAACAAUGUUCUCGUUGAAGUUCCUCCGAUAUCGUGCCAUCGGGGGGACAAUGUGACUGCUUCAGCAGAAAACAAAGCUUCGAGUGACAUUGGAUGUAGCAAAGCAAAUGAUGGGCUGAACUCCACGGACUCAUUGUCUAGACUUAAAGUCAUCAUUGGUGAGGAAAACAAUACCUGUCGUUCAUCUGAACGCGACACAGUUUAUGGCACGCCUAACAGAAAUCAUUCUCUUCAUAGCCUGUGGAUAACUAGAUUCUCAAACAGGACUCCCGGGACUACUGUUCUGAACACUGAUAAUCCCAAGCCAACUGCACAUGAAACACUAACAUUUUCCACGGAAUGCAGAAGGCCUAAUCCUCAAGCUCUAACGAGUGUCGAGUGUGUGAUUGAACACCAAAUCUCAGGCGCAAGGGAGACUUCGUCUAGGGACGAAGACGAUGAUGUUGCAGCCAGCUCAAAAGAGAUCAAUCAGAGUAAUAUACAUCCUAUUAUACCUUCCGCCAAGUUCAAGAAAUCCGAGGCGCUGGCCUCUCUAUUUGCCAGGAGAUUGGAUGCCCUUAAACACAUAGUACCUUCUUCAACUAGAGGUGAGUACACAAGAACAACUUGUUUCUUCUGCGGCAGAAGCGGCCACGACUUACGCAACUGUUCAGAGGUGACGGAGUCUGAGUUGGAAGUUCUUAUUAGAAACAUCAGGGCCUAUAAUGGGGCUGAGGAAUCUACUUGUCUGUGCAUUAGAUGUUUUCAACUUGAUCAUUGGGCUAUUUCCUGCCCAACAUCAUCUCCAAACCGGAACAGGAGCGAUAAUUUGCAGCUCUUCACAGGCAAUGAAUGUUCAUCUAGCUUUGUGGAAAUAAAGCAAAGUCAACGGCUUGAACUUGCUAAUCAUGCUUAUCACAGUAAAAAUCAGCGUUGGUUUGCAAGAACCUCUGGUUCCAAUCAAAUUCAGAAAAAGAGAACUUCUCCUCUGGAGAACAGUUUAAAAGAAAGUAUAAUUUCUUCCAAUCUUGUUAGUAAGGAGAUAACAGAUCUCCCGACAGGAAUUUUUGAUGUCAUCAGGGGUCUCCGGUUGUCUCGUGUGGAUAUUCUCAAAUGGAUGAACUCCAACACUUCACUAUCACAUUUGGACGGGCUAUUUUUGAGGUUGAGAUUAGGGAAGUGGGAAGCAGGGCCAGAAGGUACAGGAUACUAUGUUGCAUGCAUCACUGGUGUAAAAGGAGAAAAAUCUGAGAGAGAUUCUAGGAACCGCAUAUCAGUAAAUGUCGGUGGAGUCGAGUGUUUUGUGGGAAGCCAAUAUGUCUCCAACCAAGACUUUUUGGAGAAAUGCAGGGUAAACAAUAAAUCCUUGUGGUCCGGUCCUUUCCCGGACCCCGCACAUAGCGGGAGAUUAGUGCAUUGGGCUGCCCAUACCCUGCAUCAAAUGAUGAAAGAUGAACUAACUACUUGGUGGCGCAAAACGUUGGAGAGUGGUGGGAAGGUUCCUACAGAAGAAGAUUUAAGACAAAAACUCGAGGAGCGGAUGAAACUAGGGUUCUAAGAACUCGUCACAGCAACACAUUAGUACCGAGUUUGGUUCGUCCAAAAGUGUCAAACCAGACCAAGAUAUGAGCUAUUCCACCAUCUUGUAAAUAAGAUUUUGGGUGCUAUUUCACAACAUUCUUUGUUCUUUUUAUCUAAUAUUCUAGACAUGUGAGAUUGAGAAUUAUUUUUUUAGUGUUCAUCUUUUGUAUAUAGAUGAAUUUGUUUGUGAUCAUAAGGCAAUGAAAUGUUAAAUAACACAAGACAUUGUUUGUAAUAGGAAAAGAAACUUGGUUGCUAUUGGUAAAGAACAUUUUUCCAAUAUGAGCA